GUUUCAUUUCGGCCAAUCGACUAACACUUUGUUCGACAGUCGGACAGUCUUCUUUGUCCAUUGGAAAGUGUGCUCAUCUCCGGUUUCAAGGUGUUCUGUUAGACAACAAAAUGGGCGUAUUGUCCACACUGAUCAGAGGCCUGACGAGAGGAGCGGACAGAAUGUCAGAAUUCACCAGCAAGAGAGGUUCUCGGACUCACAACAAAGGCCGAGGUGCCAGACCCAGCGGAGUCAAGCUCCCCAGCAGGAAGUUUGUGUCCAUUCCCGCCAUGAUUCCUGACUUUGUGGUGCCUCAUCUGGACGGAUUUGCACUCAAAGCAUAUGUAUCAUAUCGCUGUCCGAAGGGAAGCGAGCCCCCGAUGACGGCAGAGAGCCUUUUUGCCGAAGUGGCUGCUCCUGGGAUUAAGAAAGACUGGAAUGAAGGAACGUACGAUAAAGAUCGGCUGGAGAAAUACGGAUUUGAAGCCACACAAGACGGGAAGUUGUUCAAACUGUACCCCAAGAACUAUGUGCGUUAAAAUGUGUCUUCUAUGGAUUUGUACUCGCAUUAUCGAGCAGGUCAAUUAAAUAUUUUCAUGAUUUAA